CUUCCUUGGGGUAGGUAGGUACGACCUUAUGGUCUUGUCUCAUCAAUGCACCGCCUACUUUUACAUAAGAAGUGUAUAUGAUGUAAGGUACCUACCUACCUACCUACAAUAUCCUCAUUUGAUAAUAUCAAAUAUACGCAUACAAACCUUACCUAUACACACACACAUGUAUAGAACCAUUAGCACCAUUAACACCAUAACAAAUCCCGUAAAAGCCAUGGUCUAAGAUAUGAGCAAGUAGGAUAGACGAAGCCAAGACUAAGAGGUAACCUAGCUACAUACUUAACCUAGACAGGUACUUAUAGGUAUAUGUACAUUUAUAUGUACAUUGAUGUAGCUACAGCUUCGAAGCUACAAGACAUCCCAUCCCGACUCUCCUCGACUUUGCGGCUUUGCGACUUUGAGACAGAGCGACAGAGCGAAUAACUGCACCAUAUUCCUAGGAACAUACCCUGCUGCGGUCAACAGCUCUAAUAUAAUACCAUUUCACUAUGGAUCCUAAUGCAUUCUAUUUUAGGGGACGUAAAGAUUCCAAGGAAACGAGUAUCUCACCGCCACCCCCUCAACGAACCGGUUCCUCUUCGAGCCUGCACAAAUCCAGUCAUGUCAUAGGCCAUAGUCAUCGUUCCAGUCUCGCAGAGAAUCUGAGGGGCUUGCCGCCGUCGCCGCGAAAUCAGCGACAUCCAUCUUUUACCCAGGCCGCUCUUCAGGAAUUGCUCAACCACCCGCCAGCUCCGAAGCAGCAGAAUCCUCGCUUCGCCGGGAGAGACUGGCGCGAUGUUGCAAUCGGGGAGCUCGUGUCGAAAGAUGACGUUUCCUGGGUAGAACUGGAUACCAGCGUGCAGGAUGCCACAAUGGCGCUCCUUAAGAAUACUUCGAGCAACGUCGUUAUCAUACGAGAGAAUGCUACCGGCACCAUUCCCAUCUCCACAUUCGAUUUCAACGACUUAAACGCUUACAUCUUAAUCGUAGUCGGAUUAGCGCAUCCAAGCGACGACUUGGUAGAAUUGUACGAUUCCAUAGCAAGAAGAGCACAGGCCAGAGACAACAUACCGCUCCGCGACAUCCAGCCGAUUUGUCGGAAAGAGUCUCUUAUCACUCUUCAGGGAGAUGAAGAUCUGGCCAAGGCGAUCGAGAUCUUUGGCAGCGGUGUUCACCGGGUGCUCGUCCGCAAUCACAAUGCCGAAGUGAUCGGUAUCCUUAGCCAGUUGAAGCUUUUAGAAUUCUUCUGGCACGAGGGCAUUAACUUCCGCGUCAUCGAUGAUCUGUACCCUAAGCUCUUGCGCGAGGUUGGCGUCGGCUCCCAGCAAAUAUUAGCUGUCAACGCAGAUAGCCCGUUGACAGAGGCUCUCAAUCUUAUGAACCAGGAAGGCCUGUCAAGUGUAGCCGUGGUUGACAACGCUUUAAACGUCGUCGGCAAUAUUUCCACGGCCGACGUCAAACUUCUUACCAACGCAACCAGUCUCCCAUUACUACAGAAUUCGUGCAUGCAUUUUAUAUCGGUCAUCCUGACCGAGGAAGGUGUCGAGAAAGGGAAGGAUUCAUUCCCUGUCUUCUAUGUUAACCCUUACUCAACACUUGCACACACGGUGGCCAAGCUAGUUGCUACCCGCUCACAUAGGAUGUGGAUCGUAGAGUCUGCGUCUCCGUCUCCUUCCGCACCAGGAACCCCGUCGCUAGGCCCCACCGUGUUCAUCCCGACUCCAUCUUCUUCGCAGACGUCUCUUACCGGCAGUCAUUUCCCUUCGGUCCCUCCAGCUUCCACCCUACCGGGGUCUCACCUAUCUGGCCGCCUGAUUGGCGUCGUUACCUUGACAGACGUUCUCAACCUCUUUGCAAGAUCUACCGGACUAAACCCCUCGGAUCCGAGCGAGCAACGCGCAAGGAGACGAAGAAGUUCGAGCAGUUCUGUGCGCCCGUCUAUCGAGUCUGCUCGUGCUAGUCUUGAUAUUCGACGCUAGGGGGAUGCUAAGCUAUGAUAUUACGCAUACGGGAUUCGAAAGUUCAGAGGAGCUCGGUUUUAUUACGAUAACAGUGUCACUCUACUAUAUAGUUGCUAUUACUAUCUCAUGGCGAUGCUCAGGACUAGGUUUCAUAUCCGUCUUCGUAUCAGCAGUAGAGAGGGUGGAGAGGGAGGGGGAGGGGGGAUCGGUUAGUGGUGCCUCGAUCGCGCACAAUGUUUUGGGUUCAUAGCGCAAUGAAUGAUGCUUACGAGACAAUUUUUUUGGAGUCGGUAUAGUAGACUUUCUCCCGGCUUCCCUCUUUACGAAAUCAUGGUCGGAGUUCCCUGGAUAUAUGCAAGUAUUCUUUUCCCGUUAGUUAUUGCUUACUACACGACAAUAAUUCCUAGUUAGGGACAUGGUUUCGGCCCCGGGUGAAUACAUAUCUAUAGGGGCAUCUUUUCUGUUGUUACCACGUCAUUAUUGGUGGAUGCUAGUAGUAAUGCAUAUGUAGAAACUUGUCAAUGUCGUAGCUAGGGCAAGAUGUUAUUAUAAUUACUUUCUAUACUAAGCAGUAAAAGCUGAAGCUGGUGGUGAUUUAUGCAUAUGCAAAUGUCUUCGAGUUUAUCAUACAAGAUUGCUCCUUGCUAGAUACCUAUAGGUCUAAUCACAGGGUUUCGCCUUCCAUGAAACCCGAGUUCUCAAGAUGUAGUCAUUAAUUAAUUAAUGUCUCAGAUCCGGUCUCUAGCCAGCC